AUGGCGACCUCAGAAUUUCCUUCCUUCCCGCGUCUUCCUCCGGAGAUCCGGCUCAUGAUCUGGAACGCUGCUCUCCCCGGCCCGAUCAACAACCCUCUAUUCUUCUGGAGAACAGACAAAGUGAUUAAACACAGGCUGGACGACAAGUAUGACGACUACGACAACUGGGUCCCUGACCUCAUCCACCCGCUCGAGAUGGGCAUCUUCUCGGUCGAGAUCCCGCUCCUCGAAGUGAGCAAAGAAGCCCAUAAGGUAGCCCAAGAGUGGGUCCAACGCCAGUCUCUGAGUCUCGAAGUGGACGUGGACAACGACACCUAUACCGAAAACCACAACAGGCUCGCAAUGCGCCGCUUCAAUCUCCGCCGCAACAUCGUGUUCUGCCCCGGACGAUAG